AUGUCGGAACCCAAACAAAAACGUAUUAAACUAUCACCACCCGACGGUCCAUUGACCCAACAAGAUGCUAUAUCUUUCCAGAAAGAGGCUCUGUUUCGAUGUCUACAUCAAUACAAGACAGAUCUUGCUGCGCUGACGCUAAGAUUCGAUACUUUGAAUGGACAAUUCAAUGAAGUCACCAAAAAAGUUUCAUCGUUAAUGUCUAUUAUUUCUAUUUGGAUCGAUUUUAUUAAGGUCUCUAUCUCAGAUUCAAACGAUAUAAGCUUCUUGGAAUCACUUGUUGAUGAAACUAUCAUUUUAGAAAAUUCGUCAACUUUUAUUUCAAUUUUGAAAAAAUAUACUCUUCCGAAUAAUACACAAAGAGAAGUUAUAGAUACUUUAUCUAAGGAAAUAUUAGAUCAAUUACAAAAGACUACUUCAUUAAAAGAUGAUUUGCUUAUACAGAAUAAAAAUUUAAAUGAUCAAUUGAUAAAUAUACAAUCGUUUUAUAAACAAGAGUUGAAAUCUAUUGAUCGUUCGAAUUCAUCCACUCUUAAAAGAGUAUAUCAAAAGGAAUUACAAAAAGAACCUGUCAAGGAACCUAUAGAAGAGCUAAAGGAGGAGAAAAGUACUUCACCACCUUCAGUGGAUCAAUCUCAACUGGAAGAAUUGAAUUUACAGAUAGAGGAAUUAAAAUUAACUAUCGAACAUCUACAAAAGGAUAAAGAACAGAACGAGUCACAGCUGGUAGAGUUACGUCAGCAAUUACUCGAUUCUGCUUCAUCUUCCAAAUCAACAACAAUAGAACCAUCUCCCACAUUGAUUGAAAAAAUUAAUUUUCUUACUUCUGAAAAUAAACAAUUAUCUCUUAUUAAUGAAGAAUUUUUGAAUAAAUUUCAAAAAUUGAAUAACGAAAAUGAAUUAUUUACUAAUAAAUUAAGAGAUGAAUUUAAAUCAGCCCAAGAUACUCUAUACAAACAUAAUUCAUCAUUGGAAAAAGAUCUUGUUAGGAUAAGAACCACAAGAGAUGAACUAUUGAGUAAGAUUGCCAUUUUAGAAACAGAAAGAACAACUUCAGAAUUAAUUCAAGAUGCACAAAGAGUAUUGGAACUUUUACAAUCUCAAUCUAAUCAGCCUAGUCAUGCAACUACUGGUGAUGAUGCAUUGAAAAAGGAAUUGCAAGAUUUAGAAGAAGCAUUUAAAGAAUUAUCAAAUUUAACUAAUAAAAAAUAUUCUCAUUUACUUAAUCAUGAAUCUAUAAUUACAAAAUUAAAUGUGGAAAAGACAAAAGCUGAUCAAAAAUAUUUCGCAGCUAUGAGAUCCAAAGAUUCUAUAUUAAUUGAAAAUAAAAAUCUUUCCAAAAGUUUAAAUAAAUCAAAUGAAUUAAUCAUUCAAUUAAAGGAUUCGGAUAGACUUUUACAACAAAAAUUUUCUAAUUUAAAUCAACAAUUGGAAACUUCUCAAAAUAAUGAAAAAAAAUUAAUGAUUUCUAAUAAGAAAAAUAAUUUGAAAUUAAUAGAUUUGGAAUCACAAUUGAAUAAAUUAAAUAAACGUCUAGAGAUUUUAAAGGAUGAAAAUUUGAAAUCAAUAAAGGAAUCUACACAUUUACAAUUAGAGUUACAAACUAAAGAUUUAGAAUCUAAAAAGGCCAAGACCAAAAUAAAUCAUUUACAAUCAAAAUUAGAAAGAUUAGAAAAGUCUCUUUAUUCUACGAAUGAUAAUUCUCCAAAUAAUCAAUUAAUUGAAGAAUUAAAUAAUUUCAGAAAUUUAGUUUAUUGUUCAUUAUGUUCAAAAAAUUGGAAAAAUAUGGCUAUCAAGACUUGUGGUCAUGUAUUUUGUGAUAAUUGUUGUAAAGGUCGUUUAGCUUCAAGAAUGAGAAAAUGUCCUACUUGUAAUAAAGCAUUUAGUUCAAAUGAUUUAUUACCAAUACAUCUUUGA